AUGAUGACUCUUCUCCAAAAGCCUAAAACAUCGCUCCGACCAAAGGAACUCUCCUCCCCCUCUUCUAUUAAUCACCCCGCCCUUCUUUCCAUCCCAAACAACGAACACGACCUUCAAAUCUCCACAAAAAGACUACUCUGGAAACUCGACACCAGAAUCCUCCCCCUCUUCACCCUCCUAACCCUCUGCUCCUUUCUCGACCGCACAAACGUCGGCAACGCAAAACUCUUCCAUCUAGAAUUCGAUCUUCAUAUGACGAAUUCCCAGUAUAACAAGGGGCUAACCGCGUUUUAUCCUCUAUAUAUUGUGGGCGCAGUCCCUAGUAAUCUGGUCCUGAAAAAGAUCACGCCGAGGAUAUGGAUUGGAUUCAUGGCGUUUGUAUGGGGUUUGCUAUGCAUGUGCAUAGGAUUUAUACAUCCUUUCCCUCAGUUUGUGGGGCUGAGGGCGGUGUUGGGGCUUGCUGAGGGGGGUUUGUUUCCUGGAAUGGUUUUAUACCUCUCCACUAUGUAUACGAGAGAACAGCUCGCGCUGAGGAUUGGUGCGCUGUAUACAGCUACGUCGCUUUCCAGCGCUUUCGGGGGACUUCUAGCUCGCGCGAUGGCGGAAAUCGGAAACAGAGGAGGUUUAUCAGCGUGGCGAUGGAUCUUCGUUAUCGAGGGGCUUUUCACCAUGUCAGUGGGUGUAGCAGUAUUCGCUUUCCUCCCCAACUCCAUCGAAGACGCAAAAUUCUUAACCAAGCCUGAGCGCGAAGCCGCUCGACAACAACUGCAAAGAUCGAAAAAUAAUGCUGGCGAUCAAGAAGCCGAAGAAACUUUCACAUACUCUGAAGUCCUCAGAGCAAUAUUCAGUCCGCAAACCUGGCUCUCAGCAAGCGCUUACUUCGGCCUGCUAACCGCCAUCUACUCAUUCGGUCUCUUCCUCCCCACGAUCCUCGCAGGAAUAGGAUAUACAGCGAACGCAGCACAGCUAUGGUCCGCGAUCCCAUAUAGCGUCGCAGCUUGUACAACUAUGGCAAUCGCCGUGCUAUCCGACCACAUCGACCUCCGCGGGACCCUGAUGCUCUGCACCCUGCCCCUCGCGAUAACAGGGUACGCGGUCAUCGCCAACAUCGGCGAUCAUCAUGCGAGAGUCAAGCAUUAUAAGAGAGCUACUGCUGCGGGUAUACAGUUGGCUGUUGCAAAUUGUGGUGGGAUACUUGCGAGUUUUAUUUAUCCUGAUCGUGAGGGGCCGGGGUAUUGGAGGGGGCAUACAAUUGUGCUGGGGCUGUUGAGUGCGAGUUGGGUUUUGGUUUUAGCGAAUGUGCUGUACUGUGCGAAGAUCAACAGGGAUAAAGCGAGGGGGAGGUAUGACAAGUAUGCAGGUUGUGGUGAUGAUCGAGAGCCUGGUUUUAGGAUGGUUCUGUAG